GUUAUACCAGCCGCACAUGGUUUUCUUCGAUUCGCCUAGUUAGAUGAGUUUCACUUCUCUCGAGAUAAACAUUUACAGUACUUCUAUAUUGUUAUUUGCUUCCUCUAUGAAUGCCUGGCAACAUUCAGGAAUCAACAGCCAUGACCCAAUAUCUCGGCCAGCCCCUCAGUGAAUCUAUCACAGAGCACAUCGGUGCCACACCGCUUGUACGAUUAAACCGUCUCCCUGCUUCAUUCGGGAUAAAAGCCAAGAAGCGUCAAGUGGAAAUACUGGCAUAGCGAUAGCCCUUAUGGCAGCGAUAAAAGGUUAUAAGUGCAUCAUCACCCUCUCAGAGAAGAUGUCAUUGGAGAAAGAACAGAUCCUCCAUGCACUAGGCGCCAGAGUCGUACGCACGCCGGCCGGUGUCCCAAUUGAACAUCCAGAGUCUAUACUAAGUGUUGCCAAACGAUUAAAAGAAGAGAUACCAAAUUCGUGGAUCUUAGAUCAAUACAACAACCCGGAAAAUCCCCGUGCCCAUGAAUUUGGAACCGCAGAAGAGAUAUGGCACCAGACACAAGGAAAGGUGAAUGCUGUGGUCGCGGGAGCCGGAACAGGGGGCACUAUCACUGGCAUGGCAAGGGCAUUCAAAAAGAAGAACCGAGGCGUGUUUGUCGUUGGGGUGGACCCUGUUGGAUCCGUCCUUGCCCAGCCAGCAGCCCUAAAUGGGAAGAAAAGCGAGUAUAAAAUCGAAGGAAUUGGGUAUGAUUUUGUGCCUGGAGUGCUCGACCAGGCGGCUCCCGAUCUUUGGGUCAAGACAACGGACAAAGAAUCGUUCCAGAUGGCGAGACAACUGGUGAGCCAGGAGGGGAUACUCUGCGGCGGUUCAUCUGGUGCAGCUUUCGCAGGUUUGCGCCAGUUUCUUGAGAUCCACCCAGAGUUCAACGUCGAAGACAAAACCAUUGUGCUGGUGUUGGCAGAUAACCUUAGGAACUACCUAACCAAGUUUGGCGACGAUGCGUGGAUGGAGAGUAAUGGAUAUGGAUUAGAUGUAAGUGAUAGCUGAGUCGCAUCACAAGUAGCACACGCAGACUGUAAAUAGAUAGUUUUGGCUGAAAUACCAUAUUGAUC